AUGAUCGUCUUCCUGACCUUCUGGCAAGCACUUCUGCUGCGCCGGCCUCUGACCAAACCGUCCCAGAUUCUUUUCGAUGGGGAGGUUUGGCUCGCAUUCAUGCAGCGGCAAGCCACUGGGACGAAGAGGAGAGGCCUGCGGGCUGUCAAGCAAUUGGAGCGGCCUCUGGCGCCGCUGCCCGGCAGCACGUCGCGAUGGGAGGACUUCAUCCUCUCGUUGGAGAUGAUCGUCUUCGGGGUGCUGAUGAACGUCGCCUUCUCCUGGCGGGAAUUCAGCAUGGCACCCCCUCGGACGCCGCCAGCGCAGCGGCCAGGCAUUGACCUUCUCGACCUCGAGCAUGCGAAGACGCCCGAUCGAGGCACCGUGCAGUCUUCUUCGGCGGCCCAACCGGCUAAGGAAGCAACAGCUCCGAGCUCUGAAGACCCGGGUCGAGCCAGUGUCGUCCAGAAUGCCAAAACUGCCUUCUAUCCCCGAGACAUCGUCAUGGAUGCCUCGAACAAUUUCUCCAAAAGGUACAAGCAGCACGUCCUGAUCGAAAGUGCCCAGGACUACGAGCUGGAAAGGCCGAAGACGCCGGAAGGGAUCAGUGUGGAUCUCCUCGACGAUGCAAAGGGCAGCAGCAUCGCGCGCAGCGCGAGGAGCUCCCUGAAACAUCUAAGACCGCCAGUCUUCAAGCUGGGUAAGGCCCGGGGGGCGUCGCCAGACAGCGGUCGAGGCAGCGACGAAGUCCAAGCGGCCGAAGGCAGCACCUCCCCCGAGGGGCGGAGUGACGUGAUUUGGCCGGAUUGGCCAGCCCCUGCCUGCAACGGCGAAACGAAAGAUGGCAAAGAUGCCCCGAAACCUGGGGGGAAGGCCACGGAGAAGUUGCCGGAUGGGCUGUGA